CGGAGUGAGAGAGAGAGAGAGAGACACAGAGAGAGAGAGAGAGAGAGAGAGAGAGAGAGAGUCGCCGUCGAUCGUAAAAUGGAGAACAGCGACGUCUUAGGAUCAUCAACUGCACCAUUGACGUGGCAUGAUUUCCUUCAGCGAAUGCGUGAUCCAAGUGCCGCCGAUUUCGUCAAAUCCAUCAAAAGUUUUAUUGUAUCAUUUUUGAACAAUGCACCAGACGCAGAGAGGGAUAGUGCAGCUGUGCAGGGGUUCCUUGGAAAUAUGGAAACAGCAUUCAGAGCUCAUUCACUUUGGGCUGGAUGUUCUGAGGAGGAGUUAGAGAGUGCUGGUGAAGGACUUGAGAAGUAUGUCAUGACAAAGCUAUUUACACGUACAUUUGCUUCACUUCCUGAAGAUGUGAAAGUUGAUGAACAGCUUCAUGAGAAAAUUGCUUUGAUUCAACAAUUUGUUAGGCCUGAGAAUUUGGAUAUCAAGCCAACAUUUCAAAAUGAAUCAUCAUGGUUGCUCGCGCAGAAGGAGCUACAAAAGAUAAAUAUGUACAGGGCACCAAGAGACAAACUUGUGUGCAUUCUUAGUUGUUGCAAGGUUAUCAAUAACCUUCUGACUUCUGUUUCACAAAAGGAUAACCCUCCAGGAGCAGAUGAUUUUCUUCCAGUUCUCAUAUAUGUCACCAUAAAGGCUAACCCUCCUCAGCUGCACUCAAAUCUACUGUAUAUCCAAAGGUUUAGGCGGCAAACUCGUUUGGUUUCUGAAGCGGCAUAUUUCUUCACAAACAUUCUUUCUGCCGAAUCUUUCAUUUCAAAUAUUGAUGCACAAGCUCUUUCUAUGGAUGAGACCGAGUUUGAAACAAAUAUGGAGUCUGCUCGAGCACUUCUUUCUGUUCUUUCAGACAACAAUGUACUGGACCAGAGUGAUCAGAACGCUGGACCUGUUCCUGGUGCAGACACUUCUGUGGCCAAUCUAAGUUUUAGGUCAAAUAGGCCUCCAAGCCCUAUUACACAGCCAAAUUUCUCGGUUGCAUCAACAGAAACAAACCCCAAGAACGAGGAUCAGUAUGUGAAAAGUCAGUCAUCAAUGGAAAAGAUCCCGUCACUGUCGGAUCUAGAAAACAGAGGGGCUAGUAUGCUUAUCAAGGAGGGUAGCAUCAGCCAAGUGUUUCAAAGUUUCCCCUACCUAUAUUCCCAGUCUGGUGACCUAACAGUGGGUGAUAUCGAAGAGCUACUAACCAAUUACAAGCGCCUAGUAAUCAAGUAUGUUUGCCUUGCUAAAGGAUCAGGCAUUGACAAUCCAUCUCCUUCAUUGCCCAAUGAUCAAGGACAAACUCACCACCCUGAAUUUGAAUUCAACACCGAAUCUGAAGCAAGAGAGCCAAUUGAUGAGACGAAGAAAGCCGGGCCCGAGGAUUCAAGUCCAGUACUUCCACAGUCUCUUGAGGUUGAUGAAUCGAAGUUAAAGGAAAAUGAAGAAGUUGUAAGUAGGGAUGAAGAAGGGAGUUAGGUUUUGCAGAUAUUCAGUGGAAAACUCAUGUUUCUAAAUGCCGUUUCUGUAUGUUUUAACAGCAAAAUGAGGAUCCACUUGAUUCUUUCUGGACAGUAGAAUAACAAGUGAAUUACAAACCUUAACCAUCAUAUAUUAGCUUAGGUAAAUUUGAAUUCUUAUUUCAUAUU